CUGUACUUUCUGCUUCGCUGUCCAAGGGUCAGCCGACGCGAGUCAGCAAGGAUUGCUUCAGAUCAGGAAAAAUCCUCGGUGUCACAAUCCUGCGACGCCAUCAACCAUGCUGAUUCAACCCUGGCGUUGGGAUCAGAUGUUAUUCAGACACGUUACGUUGAUAAGGACGCUGGAGAUGUACUUCUACAACAGAUGUUCAAAAGCUACCUCUUUCAAUUCGACCGUUACUUCGCCACGAGUAUAGCCUGCCAGGCGCUAGAACUAAGCCGUGUCGGAAUAGCCCGGUUACCCGAUUUGGCCGAAUAACCGCAACCCUACGAUUACACGCACGCAUCACGUCGUCAGCUGCUCCACGCUCUUAAGGGGCACGCAAAAGUUUAAAUCAUCAUCACUACUCAAUAUUCCAUACUCGCAAUCGCUUGUCCUGAUUUCGUACUUUGCGCUUUUCGAGAUGACUUCUGAAGUCAUCCGAAACUAUGCUACAGCCGCACUCGAGCAGCUCCCGACCAUGGACAAGUUGCGCGCGCUCAUCAAAGAUGCCCCGGCAUGGAAGCUCGGCUUAGGGGCGGGCAUUAGCUACCUGGCACUGGUGCGCCUGCUCAGGUACCGAAGAAGGGACAGAAUCGCGAAGAAGUACCCCUACAAAACACGUGCCGAUUUUUCCAAGAUGACAGCGGAUGAUGCGCAGGCCAUUCUGCGCAGUGUGUUUGAAUGCGAAUUCCCGUUCAUUGGUGAAAAGUCCCUGCAGUUUGCACUCUUCAGAACAUAUGGGAUUCCGACGAUCAGCAAGCUUUUGGUGAAGACUAAGCAGCUUUCCACCAAGGAACUGGCGCCUAGGCGAUUGACGGAUACCGCCGUUUUGAUUGCAGAGUUCCUUGGAUCGCCCCCAAGUUCAGAGCGUGCCAACACGGCAAUUGCGCGAAUGAACUAUCUGCACUCAUUAUACCAAGCAUCUGGCCAGAUAUCCAAUGAAGACAUGCUUUAUACUCUCUCACUUUUUGCUGUAGAGCCCGUGCGAUGGGUCAAUACGUUCGAGUGGCGUGAGCUGACCCCGCUAGAAGUAUGCGCAACUGGCACCUUCUGGAAAUCGGUUGGCGACGCAAUGGGCAUCUCUUACGAGGAAUUGCCAAGCUACAAGCGAGGUUGGAAAGACGGCAUCGAAUGGUUUGAGGAGGUCAAAGUUUGGGCCCUAAUGUACGAGCAGAAAGUCAUGCUACCCACGAAGGACAACCACCAAACUGCAGUUGAAACCACUAAAAUGCUCCUAUAUGACGUGCCAAAGCCUCUGCACGGAAUCGGAGAGAAUGUGGUCGCCGCACUUAUGGACGAUCGACUUCGGGAGGCUAUGAUGUAUAAAAUGCCUCCUUCGUGGCUGCAGAGCUGUAUUCACAAUGCCCUUCACAUUCGCAAAUAUAUCAUCAGGUACCUGUUCCUUCCACGGCCGCAAGCGAUGAAGAUGCGGGUGACGUCCGAAAAGCCCAACAAGUAUGGCAAAUACAACGUCAUGUACUACGAAGUCGAGCCCUGGUACUAUCCAGAUAACUUCACUAAUCGCUGGCUGAGCCUCCAGACAUGGGUGAAGUGGAUGCGAGGCUUGCCAAUUCCCGGUCCUCAAUACAAGCCAGAGGGCUACGAUGUCCCCAAUGUUGGCCCCAAACAUUUGGAGGGCAAAGGUACGGCCGAGAUGGCACAAACGAAGGAAAGACUCAUGGCUAGCGGGAGAGGAGGGUGCCCAUUUGCUUGAAAUUUUGUUCAAACGCAUUUGAACCUGGAGCUUGGUAGAAUAGACGCAUGUUUUUUAACCAGCUAUUCCAAGCUUCCUCAAUACCCUACAACUGUAGAAGUAUUUCAUGAUCAUUUCAGAAUCUCAGAGCUCGGUCUGCAAAAGAUGAU